GUUGACUCAGUCAUCGGCCCACCAGGCCUAGCAGUUCCCAGAAGGCACAGCGCCGGGAAGGGGUUUGCAGCUGCUCCGUCAUCGUGCGGCCCGACGCGAGCCCGCGCUCGUGUGCAGGCCCGGCCCGGCUCCUGGUCCCCGGUUUGAGGGUUCACGCGAGGCCCCGGCCUCGGUCCCCGGACUAGGCCGCGACCCCGGACGCUAUGAAGCAGGAGGGCUCGGCGCGGCGCCGCGGAGCGGAUAAGGCUAAACCGCCGCCAGGCGGAGGGGAACAAGAGCCACCACCGCCACCAGCCCCCCAGGACGUGGAGAUGAAAGAAGAGGCAGCAGCGGGUGGCGGACCAGCGGCGGAGACCGACGGCAAGGCGGCAGCUGAACACUCUCAACGAGAGUUAGACAUCGUCACCUUGGAGGACAUAAAAGAGCAUGUCAAACAGUUAGAGAAAGCUGUUUCAGGCAAGGAGCCACGGUUUGUGCUGAGGGCCCUACGAAUGCUGCCGUCCACGUCGCGCCGCCUUAACCACUAUGUUCUCUACAAGGCUGUGCACGGCUUCUUCACCUCAAACAAUGCCACUCGAGACUUCCUGCUAUCCUUCCUAGAAGAGCCCAUGGACACAGAAGCUGAUUUACAGUUCCGGCCUCGAACAGGAAAAGCCGCGUCAGCUCCCCUCCUGCCUGAAGUGGAAGCCUACCUGCAGCUCCUCAUGAUCAUCUUCCUGAUGAACAGCAAGCGCUACAAAGAGGCACAGAAAAUUUCUGAUGAUCUGAUGCAGAAAAUCAGUACUCAGAACCGCCGGGCCCUAGACCUUGUGGCCGCAAAGUGUUACUAUUACCACGCCCGGGUCUAUGAGUUCCUGGACAAGCUGGAUGUGGUGCGAAGCUUCCUGCAUGCUCGACUGAGGACAGCCACCCUCCGGCAUGAUGCUGACGGGCAGGCGACCCUGCUGAACCUCCUUCUGCGCAACUACCUACACUACAGCUUGUACGACCAGGCUGAGAAGCUGGUGUCCAAAUCCGUGUUCCCCGAGCAGGCCAAUAACAAUGAGUGGGCAAGGUACCUCUACUACACAGGGCGAAUCAAAGCCAUCCAGCUGGAAUACUCAGAGGCCAGAAGAACAAUGACCAAUGCCCUCCGCAAGGCUCCUCAGCACACAGCUGUUGGCUUCAAGCAGACGGUACACAAGCUGCUUAUUGUGGUGGAGCUGUUACUAGGAGAGAUCCCUGACCGGCUCCAGUUCCGUCAGCCCUCCCUCAAGCGCUCACUCAUGCCCUACUUUCUUCUGACCCAAGCUGUCAGGACCGGAAACCUGGCCAAGUUCAACCAAGUCCUGGAUCAGUUUGGAGAGAAGUUUCAAGCAGAUGGGACCUAUACUCUUAUCAUCCGACUGCGGCACAACGUGAUUAAGACAGGUGUGCGCAUGAUCAGCCUGUCCUAUUCAAGAAUCUCUCUGGCCGACAUUGCCCAGAAGCUGCAGCUAGACAGCCCAGAGGAUGCUGAGUUCAUUGUUGCCAAGGCCAUUCGGGAUGGCGUCAUUGAAGCCAGCAUCAACCACGAGAAGGGCUAUGUCCAGUCGAAGGAGAUGAUUGACAUCUAUUCCACCCGAGAGCCCCAGUUAGCCUUCCACCAGCGCAUCUCCUUCUGCCUUGACAUCCACAACAUGUCCGUCAAGGCCAUGAGGUUUCCUCCCAAAUCGUACAACAAGGAUUUGGAAUCUGCAGAGGAGCGGCGGGAGCGAGAACAGCAAGACCUGGAGUUUGCCAAAGAGAUGGCGGAAGAUGACGAUGAUAGCUUCCCUUGAGCUCGGGGGCUGGGGAGGGGCAGGAUGAGGGAGGUUGGCUCUUUGUAUUUCUCCCUUUGGGGGUCCCCUGCCUGGGGAGCCAGACCCUCUUCCCGCACAAAGGUCACAGACUGCAUAUGUGCAGGGGGUGAGGGGUGCCAGGAGCCAGCCACCCCACCUCACCCAGGGCCCCUCCCCAGCCGGUGACUUAGUGCCCAGUGGCAGGUGGCCUCCCAGGGCAGGGUCCUGGCAAGUGGUGUGGGCAGCAGGAUGGGAGGGAACAGUCCUGCACUUCCCUCAGGGAGUCAGGGCUGGAAUUGGGACGUGUAGGGUUGUAAGUUUUUUGAUGCUUCAAUUAUGAUUUUUAAACAAUAAACAGUUCUCUAAAG